AUGAAGCUCUCGUUCUCUGCCCUGUUCACUGCUGCAGCCACAGCUGGUCUGUUCACGCUCUCAUCCAUGGUCAAAGCUGCGGCUAUCCCCGCUGCUGGGCAUUCUCCUGUCGCUGUCGCAACGUUGCCGACACACAGUUUCGAGAAGCGCAGCAUUGCCGGGAUCAACAACUUUAACUGCAAACUCACGCCCAAGCACCCACGUCCUCUCUUGCUCGUCCACGCGACAUUGCUGACUAUGGAUUCAUGGUGGACUUUUGCGCCCCAUCUGAUCAAGGAGGGCUACUGUGUGUUCGCGUUGACGUAUGGUCGGUACGAUAACAUCCCCUUCGUCGGAGGGAUCGCCCCGGUGGCGGACGCGGCCCAGGAGGUCGCGACGUUCGGGGAACAGGUCCUGCAAAAGAUGAAUGCCACGGAGCUGGAUUAUGUGGGCCAUUCGCAGGGAGGCAUCUUGGGAAGGUAUUGGGCCAAGUAUCUGGGUGGUGCUAAUAAAAUCAACAGACUGGUUGGUAUCUCGCCCAUUAAUCACGGCACGACCCUCAGUGGAAUCACGACCAUCGCCCAAGCCUUGAAGAUCUUUGCACCUGCUGAGCCCAUCUUUGACAGUUUCGCUCCUUCCUUCUAUGACUUGGUCGAUACCUCGCCCUUCAUCGCAAAGCUGAACGCUGGCGGCGACACAAUCCCGGGUGUGAUCCACUCCAACAUCGCGACAAAGUACGACGAGGUCGUUACCCCUUACAAGACCGCCUUCCAGAACGGAGCCACCAACACGGUUCUCCAGGACCUUUGCAUGCUCUCCAUCAACGAGCACUUGACCAUCAUCAACUCCUUCGUGGUCUUGCGCUGGGUCAUGAACCAGCUCGACCCCGUCAACGCCAAGAGCGCAAGCUGUCUGUCCUUGCUCUCCUUUGCCUAA